AUGUCUUCUGCGCAUGACUAUGGCUUCAAUGGGGAAAAGGAUGGCCUGCCUCCUCAUAUGUUCGACGAAACUCCCAUUGCUCGGGGUGUGCGGACCCAUUCCCACGACGACGCCGACAAGGACGAGGAGCACGCUGUGAGACGUGGCUCGCGCAAGCAGUCCGUUGUGGCAUCUAUCAAGGCCAACUAUGGUCUGGCCGACACACCUAGUUACCACGGCAGCAUCGACGUGGGAUAUGACAGCACUCAUCGAAAGCUAAAGCCGAGACAUAUUCAGCUUAUCGGCAUCGGCGGGACGAUUGGCACGGCGCUGUACGUGCAGAUUGGGAGGGGAUUGCUCAAUGGUGGACCUGGGAGUUUGUUUCUGGCAUUCACCAUCUGGUGUACAUUCAUUCUCUGUGUCACAAACUGCAUGGCCGAGAUGGUCACCUAUCUCCCCAUCUCGUCGCCCUUCAUUCGCUUUGCCGGCCGCUAUGUCGACGAAGCCUUUGGCGUUGCCGCAGGUUACAACUUCUUCGUCUUCGAAGCGAUGCUGGUCCCCUUCGAAAUCGUGGCUUGUAACGUUAUCAUCCACUUUUGGAGUGACAUCGUCCCCGCCGGCGGGAUCAUCGCCAUCGUGAUUGUCUGCUAUUCACUGGUGAACCUGUUUGCGGUCAAAUGGUACGGCGAGACCGAGUUCUGGCUCGCGCUAGGGAAGGUCCUCCUCAUCGUGGGGCUGAUCAUAUACACAUUUAUUGCCAUGCUGGGUGGGAAUCCUCUUGGUGACCGAUUUGGUUUUCGAUAUUGGAACAACCCAGGUUCUUUCACCGAACUCUACUAUGACGGUUCCCUAGGCCGGUUUCUAGGGUUCCUGCAGUGUCUGAUCCAGGCGUCUUUCACCAUCGCUGGACCGGACUACGUCUCCAUGGCAGCUGGCGAGGCUGAGAAUCCGCGCAAAGUCCUCCCCAGGGCGUACAAGGCCGUCUUCUACCGCCUCACGGCGUUCUUCAUGCUCGGCUCUCUCUGUGUUGGCAUCCUCGUGCCAUACAACGACCCAGAACUCACCGAAGCCUUUUCGACGGGAAAGCCUGGCGCCGCGGCGUCUCCGUACGUGGUGUCCAUGAACAGACUGCACAUCAAGGUACUCCCACAUAUCGUCAACGCGAUGGUUCUCGGCAGCGCCUUUUCGGCCGGCAACAGUUACGUCUACUGCGCCAGUCGCAGCCUGUUUGGGCUGGCGCUCGAGGGAAAAGCACCCAAAAUCUUCACGCGCUGCACGAGGAAUGGCGUGCCGAUUUACUGCGUGGCGCUCGUUCUGCUGAUCAGUCUGCUCAGCUUUUUGCAAGUCAGCAAUGAUGCUGCUGUGGUAUUGAGCUGGUUUGUCAAUCUGGUGACGGCGUCUCAACUCAUAAACUUCUCCGUGAUGGCGUUCACCUUCCUGAAAUUCAAGCGCGCACUCGAAGUCCAGGGCAUCGACCGAAACACGCUCCCGUACAAAUCGUGGUGGCAGCCGUUCUCGGCCUACUACGCGCUGACGGGGACCUUCAUCAUGACCUUUGUGGGCGGCUACACGGUGUUCCUGCCCGGUUUCUGGAGUGUGCCCACCUUCUUGUUCAGCUACACCAUGAUCGGCGUGUUUCCUGUCCUGUUCGUCUUCUGGAAGUGGUUCAAGAAGACCAAGUGGCUGAAGCCUGAGGAGGUCGACCUCACCCGGGAUAUGGACGAGAUUGCCGAGUACGAGCGGAAUUAUAUGCCUCGGCCGCCUAGGAACACGUUCAUGAAAUACUUCGACAGAAUCUUCAGCUAG